AUGACGCCGUUGGUCGAGACGAAACUGGUUCAGGCUCUUUUUUCAUUUCCGAACAGAUGGAAGGACACAGAAGCCACAACGUUAGGUGGUGAUGGAGUUAUGUUCUUUGGAGGUGACGGGACACCGGUGGAUUUCUAUAAUUUCAUGAGAUGGAAGAGGAUCCCCCAAAAUGCAGGCCUGAAAGAACCCGUGGUACUUAAACCACACCUGAUGAAGCACGUGUAUAAAGAUCCCAAGUUCAUUAUAAUUUUGAGGAAUCCCACAGAAAGACUAUACUCGGAUUACAUAUUCCUGAAACAUGGGGAUUCACCUCAGUCAUUUCAUAAGGAUGUGCUACGAGCUAUUGAGAUCGAGGAAGAUUGUAUGAGGAACAACUCAACACGCAUUUUCAUCGGAUAUUACUCAGUGUUCAUGAAGGAAUGGCUAAACGUUUUUAGUAGGAAACAUUUCCUUGUCCUAAGGACUGAAGACUACAACAGCGACAUGGAGGGUGCACUGCGAGAAGUAUAUGAUUAUUUAAAUCUGAAUUACACUGAAGAUUUCCUGAAUAAGAUCGCCCGCAUACCGCACAUGCACGUCACUGAGAAGAAGAAGAAAGCUGGACCAAUGCUUGAAAAAACACGUAUAUUGUUGGACAAUUUGUACCGACCGUACCUCAGUGAGUUAGCUGACAUACUCCAAGACAGGAAGUUCCUGUGGUUGACAUGA